CGCGUUUGUGUCGCAAGGGUGUCCUGCAAUGACGUUUUUAUUAUUUUAGAAGUCGGUCUCAAGACCUAUAGAACACUGCAUGUCGCCUACAAGAAAAAAUGAUGACUUCAGUCACUCUACCUUCGAGUUCAAGCAUUCACGGAGGCUACUCAACGUCAGUGGCCCCAUCAGAAGAGUCGACCAGCGAAACCGACUUCGAUUUGCCGCGUCCUGCAACGUCGUCGAUGAAACGAUGCCUGAGCGCAGCCACCGCGUCAACUGGAGGCGAUUCGUGCAAAAAACGGCGAAAGCAAUCGACACCCAUUCGUAUAUCGGCGACGGAGAUGGACGCGGCUGUGCCGUCGACAUCCGCUUCGGAAGAUAGGCCGGCUAGUCCGCCCGACGCGAGUGCCAUUGAGCCGGAUUAUCGCUGUCCAGUGUGCCAAUUAUACUUUGAUACCGCCGAACAAAUACAGCAUCAUAUUAUCGGUGAACAUUCGCAGAUCGAGUGCAAGAGAGAGCCGGAAGAUUAUUCGGGUAUGCAGAGGAGCGAUUCGAACUUGGAGCUUUCCAUACCAAGGCCUGACGUGCCAUGGAUGAACGAUAUGCAAAACAAGGAGUAUUUGCCAAUACCGCCCAUGUUCAUGUCCCUCCCACAAUUCGCACAAUCGGACAACUUGCCUAGACAAUCCAUACGAAUCUUUAAUCCAGACGCGUACUGUGAUUUAUGCAACAAAGAGUUCUGCAACAAGUAUUUCCUGAAGACACACAAAGCCAACAAACAUGGCAUUUACACUGACACACCCACCACUGAACAGCAACCGCAGCAACCAAUGGGCAACCCCGUCAAUAUUCCGUCUUAUACUGGCAACGUCAAGUUCCAAACUCCCGUGCCAACAACACUAGAUAAUAUGCCAACGAAACCUGAAACCAUAUUCCCCAACCCGUUCUCGAACAAGUACCCCAAAGUUAAACAGAAUCUAUUUAAUGAAGAAUCUCCGAGCAACUCUCAGAACGGUUUCUCCGAGGACAAACCACAGCCUCAACCGCAAUUGCCAUCGCAACCACCAACACAAGCAGCACAAGAAGACGUUCAAGCCGAAUCGUCCUCUAGUCCUCGAGACCCAACCGAAUCUACCUCAUUUAAAAACGAUCCGGACGCCGGAUUGUUCUACGAUUCAAUCAAAAUGUCUCCAAUAUCAAGUAGAGAGCUAGACUUGUCGAAUCGCCUUAGACGAAUUGGUGUAAUGAAUCCUAAAGCGUUCUGUGAAAUUUGCUGCAAGGAAUACUGCAACAAAUAUUUCCUGCGUACGCAUAAAAUGAAACGUCAUGGUAUCUACAUACCCGACGAUAGAGAAAAAGAUAUGGGCAAUUUUCCGUGGCCCCCGAACAUACAGACAAGCCCUUUGAACCUUAUUAUGACCGAACAAACCAUACAAGACCGCAAAACGACAUCACCAAACGACAUUAGUUGCGAUAUAUGCGGUAUUAAGUUUCAGAACGCUAACCUAGCGCAGCUGCACAAUGUUACACUCCACGCUAAAAUGUUCCCGAAAGAGGCAGAAUCAGAUAGCGCUGAGGAGAUGAAGAAAACGCUGGAACAACCGGAACCAGCGGAUAAGUCUCUCAACGCCGAGGCAAUAAGCGAGGACCUGCAAAAAUUGCAAACUAUGAUUUUGCAGCUGAACGAUCUUGAUGUCACCAAAGUGUCCACUAUUUGCAAUGCGUGCAACAAAGAGUUCGAAAAUCGUUAUUACUUGCACGCGCAUAUGAUGACUGAGCACGGAAUCCUUCUGGAGGACAUGUCGGAGGAAAAAGCGGCCGAAUCCGAAAACAGUUCCAACAACAAUACAAUGUGCGAUCUAUGCGGCAAAGACUUGCCAAACGUCGCCGAGAUGAAGAAACACAUCUUGGAAUUUCACUCGAAUCAAAAUAACACCGAGAAUUUGAAGGAUUUCAGUGGUUUCAGCACCCCAGAAAAAUCGAAUCGCGUUAUGAAUCCGAUGCCUGAACGGAGGAUUUCGAUGAACGUGACACCAACUAGUAGUUAUUGCGAGAUAUGCAACAAAGAGCUAUGCAACAAAUACUUCAUGAAAACGCAUAUGCAGCGGAUGCAUGGGAUCGAGAUCGAAAACGGCGCUCAGAUUGGCGGAGUGGUUUGCGAUAUCUGCAAUAAGGAGCUUUGCAGCAAGUAUUUCUUAAGAGUGCACAAACACAAUACUCACGGUAUCGUCGAGUACGGGACGAGUCUUCUGCAGCCCAGGAAGUCCGAGGGCGAGCCUCCAGUGCCACCAAUAAUGCUGCCAGAAAAUGAAAACUCGAUUAAGCCAGCUGACUUGGCCGAUUUAAGUCACAGAUACUUUACGCAUUUUACUGAAGUUUGUUCGAUAUGCAGCAGGCGUUUUAGAAGUACCAAGUGGUUGAAGGCGCAUUUAAUGAGCGAUCACGGGCAAGUGGGUGCUGAAAAAUGGGCCGAGAUAGAGCAACAACUGCAGCAUAAUCUAGGGCAAAAAAUCAAAGUCGAAAGAACCAGCCCUACAUUAAAAAUCCCUAAUGGUGGUCAGGAACAAGCCCCGAAUGUCGGCAUACAAAACGUUUUAUCAAGCUUGUUCGGCGUCGAUGAGUCGAACGCGAAGAAUUAUCAGUGCUCCUAUUGUCCAUUCACGACGCAGCUACUUCCAUUGUUGUUCGUCCAUGAACGUUCGCACUCGAACAGCAGUGACGGUGUAACCUUGAAAUGUCCAGUUUGUCCGCAAACAUUCGCGCAACCCGAAGUUUUGCAACAUCACAUGUUCACUCAGCAUCCAUUCCUACCUCUGCCGCCUUUCUUCAACGGGAACAACAACUCCUUCGGCGAGACCUCCAAAGAACCAUUCGAUGGAGAUGCCGAUGCCGAUGCCGAUGCCGAGGAAGACAAAGAAGAUAAAGAUAAGGAAGUGAUGAUAAAGAAGAUGGCGGCUCAGCUGAAGCAAGCGGAGAUCCCUCCUGAAAUCGGGCAAAGUUUGAAGGACGUGGCGAAGAAGUCUCAGCUGCCGGCCACGUACGCUUUGCCCAGCAGCCAGGCCGCGUCUGCGGCGUCAUCGGCUUUAAUAUCAGGUGAGAGUCGCGAAUCGAAGCAGAAAGACCCCGGCCCCGCAGCUGCGGACUCGGGUUACGUGAUGCAGGCCUUUCUCUUGGAGGAAGCUGCGGUCGCCGAGAGACGCGUAGUUCCCGCCGUCGUUUUUUUGCCGGUUUUGCAAAAACAACCCGCCCCCCUUUCGGUCACCUUCACACUUACCCCGGCCUAACCCCGCCCUCAGCUCCCCCCCUCCUCCCACCGUAGUUUUUGCAUAGAUGUGACAUAUUUUUUUAAGAAACAAUCGAAGGCGAUUCGACGACACCUGUGAUUUUUUAUUAAUUUUUAAUUUUUUAAUUAUUAUUGUAUAAUCUUAAAAAAAGUAUUUAUAAAAUAAGCGUAUUCCUAUAUUUGCAACAUUGCCUCAUAUUUUACUGAGAAACAUAUGAGCACAUAUUUUUAUGCAAAUACCGGAAAGACUGAGUGAAUUUUUUAUAUGGUCUGUUGAUUUUCACUUAUAAAUAUGAGAAAUAUCGAGACACUGAUGUUUUGUACGAUAGAAAGCUUUAGUGAUGUUUAAAGAAGUUCCUAUUUUAUCUCUCGAUAUAAUAAUAUUCCUUCACAAAGUAUGGAUGUAUUGAGUUGUUAGAUGUAGCUUGCUCAACAGUCAGUUCAAUUAAACAAUUAUCUACUUACUUUGCGAUUUAAAGAAACGAUUUGAAAACAAUUUUAACAAAAAUAUUCCGCGACACGCAACUCAGGGUUAGCUGAAACUAAGUACAAUCAAAGUCCGCAGUUCAACUGUACAAAACAAAAUAAAAAAAACCUCCAAAAAAUACAAAAUAGUCGGUACCACCUAAUCAUUUUCUAAGCCUGUGGAUCAAAAUAGUUGUACCAACUUGUUUCUGUAUUUACUGCGGGGUUCAGUAAAAAACAGGAGCGGACAUCUUCAUUAUACGUUAGUUACAUUACGUCCCUCCCAGUCCUUCCUCCCCAUUCUCCUCUCUUUAUCCCCAUAAGGCCUUUCUCCUUUUUAUCUCGUUUUUAUAUUGUAUCUAUCUAAGUUCCUCACUACUAGGAUAUUAACUAAGAAUUUUGUCAUUCCCAUAACACCUUCCGUCGAUCGAGCAAAUUUACAAGAUUCAACAUAAUAUUUUAUAACAAACGAGCUUAGAGUUAAAAUCUUGUAAAUCUGCAAAUACGUAACCAGAAACAUUUAAUUUCGACCAUAUGAAACGAGUUAAUGUUGAUGUAAGUUUCAUGACCUCGAAAGUACAUGUUGGGUUAACCAAGAACACACUGGAUGAAAACAUAUUGUAAAAAAUUGUUGUAUAGUACAAAUUUGACUACCCUUGCUAAUGAAUUACUAGUUAUAAUACUAAAGCUGUGUGCCUUUCAGUAAUUAUUGCAAAUUUCGUAAAUGUAACAGCCUGGGUGCUAAUGUUUAUCUCUUUACUUUAUUAGGUACAAAAUGAACAAAUUCUACUACAAGCAAUUCAAGAAAGAGUCAUAUUUUAAAUAUAUUAAAAUAUUAUCCUUUAUGACAGCUUUGUAUAAUUAACACGUGUCCAUAUUUAAACAAUUGAAUUUUUUUGCCGAUCAGUUGCGAAAAUAACAAUCCUCUGCAAUCAAAUUUAAUAGCUCUGGCAAUUUUUCAUUUUUAUACCUCCGAAUGCAAAUUUCAUUUGAUUUCUUUACAAUUUUUUGUAGUAUUGUUAUUCGGGUUCCCUUUUUCCCGAAUUUUGUAAACAUCUGCCGCGCGUGCCGACCACCCCUUAAUUUUUACCUCGAUACCCUUAAAAUAUUAUUUUUUCUAAAUAUAUGCAUCUGUCCAUUUUUAUUUGUAGUCGUCAAUUCAAAAUUAUUUUAACAGCCAACUUGUCAUUUUUAAUGACAUUCAGUUUUUUCAUCUACCCCAAACGCCAUUUUAAUAACAAAAGAACGGUCAAUUUCCAACUUUACAUUUUUAUACGUUUUUUUUUAUAUGGUUGCAUUUUGGGGUGCGAUGUUUAAGGUCAAUGUUUUUUAUUAUUAUAUUAAGGCCAUUAACAUUGUUACCCUUAAAAAUAUUCAAGAAACGCAGAAAACGCAAAAAAUUAAACGUCAUUUUUAAUUUUUGUGUUUUUAUUACCAUUCUUAUAAAAAAGCGUUUCAAGGACAACAAUGUCAAUAUUUAAGAAAUAUUGGUCGCCUAGCAACUUUCUCAAGGUCAUUUCCGAUACCGCAGCAAUGCAGAUCACCAUGACAACCAAAAAUGAAACCAUGCAAAUUUUGUAAAAAAAAGUGAUUUUUGAAAAGUUGUUUUCGGUUGCCAAUGCGAUUUCAUCCCCAAGUACAACCGUGCAUAAAUUGUCUAGCAACGCGUGGAUAAAUCCCCAAAAAUUAAUUUUCCAGCUUUUACCGAAAAAUUAAGUUUCGCCAUUAGGUAAAUCGUUGCAUUGAAUUUUUCGUGCACUUUUAUGAUUCUUUUGUCACUCGGGAUUUGCAUAUAUUAUAAGUUAUGGAAAUCAUAUAUCGACCAGGGGGUAGAACGAUAUAAUGAACCAUGGGAAAUUAUAUCAAAUUACACAAAAGCCUACCCUACAAAAAUUUCAGAAAAAUGUAAUAAAAGCAAAAUUAUAUGCGUUUUCUGAAUGAACGAAUUUGCAUAGUAGAGGAAAAAAUUUAAAUAUGGACACGUGCCUACGUAUGUAUAAAAGGGACAUUUGUGGUAUAAAAAAUAUGGAGAAUGGGAUUUAAUCAUCAGUAUGGGUCAUCCCAUACUACAACACUUUUUUGUUUUUAUAAGAUAUAUAAAAGUAAAAAACGUUGAGAAAAUGAAAGCAAAAAAUGUACUUAUGGAAUGACCCUUACAGGAAUCCAUCAAAUUCUAGAGGAAGGAUUAUUUUAGUGAAACUAUGGUGUGAUUUGUGAGUUCAUAGGCCUCACGUAAAAUUUAGGAUAAAUGAGCAAAAAUCAAAAAAUCGCGAAUCAUGUCCUGUGGAGUUUAAAAAGUAUGUUAAGUAUUUAAGUUGUUUAGUAGUAAAUGUUCCAAAACUCCCAGGGUGUGAAACGUGUAAAUUCUUCGUUAUAAUAUGUAUUUAAAAGAAAUAUUACGGGUUUUAUCUAUAUUACGUUAAGGUAAAUAAAACAUAGUCUUACAAGUUAUUUAUUAAAGAAAGAACAUUUUUUAAUUGUUGCUAAGGUGGGUGAUCUUAUAUUUGUAUGUUUAGCACAUCAUUUUCAUUUAUUUUUUAACCUAUAAUUCUAGUCCUACAUACCUAUAUACUUUAUGUCCUAGUCAAUAUUUAUAAUUUUAUUUAUUUUAUAAGCAUGCUAGUCAAUUUAUAUUAUUUUUCUCUUAAAUAAAUUAUUUGGAUUUAUUAUUUUUUUUAUUUUAUUUUAUAUUUUUCUUUCCCGAAAAUGUUCCAAAAAU